AUGGCGCAUACGCUGCCCGCCCAGCCACCGGCACCGGCCCCGUCGCUGCUGCUGCUGCCGGCGGCGGCGCCGCACGCGUUGGACGCCGCCGCGGUGCCGCCGGCCCUGCCGGCGAGGCGGCUGCUGCUUGCGACCCACAACCUUCUCGCCUG